AUGCAUUGCCUGAAAAGUCUGCGGACAGCCAACCCAGGAAUUCUCCAAGUGCUUAAAAAUGCAGCGGCCUCUGCCAGAGCUGGAGCUGACAGCACUGUCUUAUCCCGAACACAGCAACCUGUUCAACUCCCCUACUGGGGCGCAGCAUCACCGCACAUCCAUAGAUCCUUUCAUCACGACUCUGGCUCUGAUGUGGACCAAGGACGCUACAAAAAUAGGUUGAUUUCUGGGCUGGAGGACCUACUUUUCUACACCAUCACUGAAGGCAAAGAGAUGAUCCCUCUCUCCCAGUUCAUCUCUGCUUUGAAAAAAACAGGUUUGUUGAUGUCUGAUCCCCGGCUGCACGAUUGUUUCCGUCAGAUGCGUAAAUCAACACGUGACUCCUCCGGGGUGGUCAUGGUGGACCAGAAGCUCUUCAGAAGGUGUGUGGGCAACAAUGUCAUUUUGCUGACUCAGGCCUUCAGGAAAAAGUUCAUCAUCCCAGACUUUGAAGAGUUUAUCCUGCACAUCGACAGGAUAUAUGAUCUCGCACAACGAGAGGAAGGAGGACAAGUAGCGGAUUACAUUCCUCAGCUGGCUAAGUUCAGUCCUGAUCUUUGGGGUGUAUCUCUGUGCACAAUCGAUGGACAGAGACACUCUGUGGGCGACACCAAGGUUCCUUUCUGUCUGCAGUCAUGUGUGAAGCCCCUGGGGUAUGCCAUGGCUGUGCACGAGCUGGGCACCGAGCGAGUGCACCAGUUUGUCGGCAAAGAGCCCAGUGGACUCAGGUUCAACAAGCUGUCACUUGAUGAGGAGGAUAAACCACACAACCCCAUGGUGAAUGCUGGAGCCAUAGUCAUCAGUUCUUUAAUAAAGCCUGUUUCAAACAAGGCCGAGAGAUUUGACUAUGUAAUGGACUUCUUGAAGAGCAUGGCUGGCAAUGAGUAUUUGGGCUUCAGCAAUGCAACCUUCCAGUCAGAGAAGGAGACCGGUGAUCGGAAUUAUGCGAUUGGUUAUUAUCUCAAAGAGAAGAAAUGCUUUCCCAGUAACUCAGAUAUGAUUGCGGCCCUCGACUUCUACUUUCAGUUGUGUUCCAUCGAAGUGACCUGCGAGUCAGGAAGUGUCAUUGCUGCCACCCUGGCCAACGGGGGCAUCUGUCCAAUCACAGGCGAGCGUGUGCUGAGUGCUGAGGCGGUGCGCAACACCCUGAGCCUCAUGCACUCCUGUGGGAUGUACGACUUCUCGGGACAGUUCGCCUUCCACGUGGGCCUGCCUGCCAAAUCAGGCGUUUCAGGAGCUGUGCUGUUGGUGGUCCCCAAUGUGAUGGGGAUGAUGUGCUGGUCCCCACCGUUGGACCGGACAGGAAACAGUGUUCGUGGAAUUCACUUUUGUCAGAACCUGGUGUCCAACUUCAACUUUCACAACUACGACAACCUGAGGCACUUCACUAAGAAGAAUGACCCCAGAAGAGUAUAUGACGACCUAAACAAGUCAGUGGUGAACCUGAUGUUUGCAGCCUACAGCGGCGACGUCGGUGCUCUGAGGAGGUUUGCCCUUUCAGCUGUGAACAUGGAGCAGAGAGACUAUGACUCUCGCACGGCACUCCACAUUGCUGCCGCCGAAGGCCAUGUGGAAGCUGUCAUCUUCCUUACAGAAGUGUGUAAAGUGAAUCCCAAUGUGAAAGACAGAUGGGGUAACACCCCCCUCGAUGAUGCCAUGCAGUUUAGCCACAGCGCUGUGGUGUCGGUCCUGGAGGAGUACCAGCGUGUGUACUCUGACAUCGAUUCACAAUCGGACACAGAGGAGCAGAAGGCCACAAUGGAAACACUGAAGAGUGUUGUUUGA